AGCGCGGGCCGCCAGACUCGGGCAAACCCCGGCCGCGCAGGACGCCGCGCGCAGUCCCGCCCGGCCCUGCCCUGCCCUGCCCCGCGCGGGCGGCGCGAUGUAAGGCUCCCGAGGGCCCAAGCGUCCCCUGGCUCGCCAGCCCCGCGCAGCGCCGGCGCCAGCAUGCGCUAGGAACGGCCGCUGAUCGCGGUGGCGGAGUUCCCGCUGGCGGGUCCUACUGGUUCGGCCGGCCGUGGGGGCGCCCAACAGCCCGGAGCUCCCCGCCUGGGGUCCCCAGCUCUCAGGCCCGAGUCUCCGAAAGUGGGUGAGUGUCUGGAGCCGGAGAUAAAGGACACAUUGGAGGAGGAAGGAGCCAGACCGGGAGAGACCCCCGACUCCCGGCCGGGGAGCGCAUGCACGGAGCCAGUGUUCUCAUGGCCCCCAUUUCCCAGGGGCAGAAACUAAGGCUGGGAGAGCUGCAGUGAGCCAGCUGCCCCAAGCCCUACAGCAGGUGUGGUGCUGAUCGAACGGGAGGACCGGCGGCCAAGUCAUUUCCGUGUCUCCCGGACCAGCGCCUGGUAGACGACAGCGGCUCCGGGACGAGAUGGCGGCCAAGCAGCCCCCGCCUCUCAUGAAGAAGCACAGCCAGACGGACCUCGUGAGCCGCCUGAAGACCCGCAAGAUCCUCGGCGUGGGCGGGGAGGACGACGACGGGGAGGUGCACCGCUCCAAGAUCAGCCAGGUCUUGGGCAAUGAAAUCAAGUUUGCUGUUCGGGAGCCUCUGGGGCUGAGGGUCUGGCAGUUUGCUUCUGCUGUGCUCUUCUCCGGCAUCGCCAUCAUGGCCCUCGCCUUCCCUGACCAGCUCUAUGAUGCGGUCUUUGAUGGAGCCCAGGUGACCAGCAAGACCCCCAUCCGCCUCUAUGGCGGUGCCCUCCUCAGCAUCUCCCUGAUCAUGUGGAAUGCUCUCUACACGGCUGAGAAAGUGAUCAUCCGAUGGACUCUGCUCACCGAAGCCUGUUACUUUGGGGUCCAGUUCUUGGUGGUCAGUGCCACGCUCGCGGAGACCGGCCUCGCGUCCCUGGGGAUUCUGCUGCUCUUGGCCAGCCGCCUCCUUUUUGUCGUCAUCAGCGUUUACUACUACUACCAAGUGGGCCGAAAACCCAAGAAAGUCUAGCCACUUGCUGGGCCAGGGGCCCCUGUGUGGCGGGGAGGCCCCGGGGCCUCAGUUUCCCUCUGGCUGCUGGAAGGCAGGAAGGAGCCUGCCCUGUGCCGGGCCUGCCCCCAGGCAGGCGGGGCUGACCGCCUUCCUUUCCUCCCGAGCACCCCCAAAUGCUGUGAUCUCCUGGGCUUUCAGGUUUGGGGAGGGACGGGGCCUCUUGAACCUCUGGCCCUCGCCCCACACAGGAACGCCUCCUUUUCGUGGGUCUCUUGGCCUCCGGAUCCCCUGGACAGACACUCGCUGGAGAGCUUGAGUCGUGGGGUUUUGGGCUGAGAUGGGGCUCUCGCCCCUUCUGCCGGGAGGCCCUUCUCUGGUUUGAGACAGGCUGAGCACUGUCCCCCGGUCCUCCCUACACCCCCGGCCACUCUAGUGCCCAUGUGGCUGAACAUGGCUUCCGUGUAUGCCUGGAAAAAUCCAAGAAUUUGACCCCGUGCCCCUAUUCCUCCCCACCCAUGGGAGCUUCCCCCUGCCCCCUAACCCCACACGCCUGCCCUUCCCAUAGCUCAGCUGCGGGCGGACCGGCAGGGGUGGUGGUCUCUGAGCCGGUGCCUCCCUUUCAGCCUCCCUCUGCAGUAGGCCACCUGUCGCCAGAGCCCGGUCCCCAGCCCCAAGCCCGGCCACCACAGGCUCUCCUAGGGCCUUACUCUAGGCUGCCGUGCCUCCACCCGGCUCCCGGACGCCCCUAGGAGUCCCCUUCCCCCAACUGGCCUGGGUCCAGAGGCUGUCAGCAGCCUCACCGCCAGGCCGGCCCCGACAGUGGACGCAGAGAGAAGUGGAACCCCCGUGAUGGGGUUUGGAGGUGAAGAAGAGAGAAACGCAGUGGCGUUUCCUCGUCCCUUCGGUCUGCCCGGUUCAGUCCCCUCGCGCACCCUCGCCCUCUCCCCGGGGUGCUGCCCCCGAGACCUGGCGGGGUAGGACUGGGUGCCCUUCAAACUCAGCAGGGGAAAUAAAUAGAAAUAUUUCAGCA